GGAGGCUGUAAAGCGUUGCAGCUAAUUCAUUUGAACGCCAUACGAAUUUACGGUCCGCCUCUCAUCGCUGUAGUCUCUCGCGGGUGAGCCGUGAAAACCAACCAAAAAGGACUAAAAUGGCGCUUAGUCAAGGAACAAAGAAAAAAGUUUGCUACUACUACGACGGCGAUGUUGGAAAUUAUUACUAUGGCCAGGGUCACCCCAUGAAGCCCCACCGCAUUCGUAUGACUCACAACUUGUUGCUCAACUAUGGCCUCUACAGAAAGAUGGAGAUAUAUCGUCCACACAAAGCCAGCGGUGAGGAGAUGACCAAGUACCACAGUGAUGACUACAUCAAAUUUCUGCGCUCCAUCCGUCCAGACAACAUGUCAGAGUACAGCAAACAAAUGCAGCGCUUCAAUGUAGGAGAAGAUUGUCCAGUAUUUGAUGGUUUAUUUGAGUUCUGCCAGCUCUCAGGGGGCGGCUCUGUCGCCGGUGCCGUGAAGUUGAACAAACAGCAGACGGACAUAGCCAUCAACUGGGCGGGGGGCCUGCAUCACGCCAAAAAGUCUGAGGCCUCAGGGUUUUGCUACGUCAAUGACAUUGUGCUGGCCAUACUGGAAUUACUGAAGUACCAUCAGAGAGUUCUUUACAUAGACAUUGACAUCCAUCAUGGAGACGGUGUGGAGGAAGCGUUCUACACCACAGACCGUGUCAUGACUGUGUCUUUCCACAAGUAUGGAGAGUACUUCCCCGGCACUGGAGACCUGAGAGACAUUGGGGCUGGGAAGGGCAAAUAUUAUGCUGUGAAUUACCCUCUGCGAGACGGGAUUGAUGAUGAGUCUUAUGAAGCUAUAUUCAAGCCUAUCAUGGCCAAAGUGAUGGAGAUGUAUCAGCCCAGUGCAGUGGUUCUGCAGUGUGGAGCAGACUCUUUGUCGGGGGAUAGACUGGGCUGCUUCAACCUCACCAUUAAAGGCCAUGCCAAGUGUGUGGAGUACAUGAAAAGCUUCAACCUGCCGCUGCUGAUGCUGGGAGGAGGCGGCUACACCAUCCGAAAUGUAGCACGCUGCUGGACGUACGAGACCGCUGUCGCACUUGAUACAUCCAUUCCUAAUGAACUCCCAUACAACGACUACUUUGAGUACUUUGGACCAGACUUCAAGCUGCACAUCAGCCCCUCCAAUAUGACCAACCAGAACACCAACGACUACCUGGAGAAGAUUAAGCAGCGUUUGUUUGAGAACCUGCGCAUGCUGCCCCAUGCUCCAGGGGUACAGAUGCAGGCCAUUCCAGAAGACGCCGUACAGGAGGACAGUGGAGACGAGGAGGAGGAGGACCCCAACAAACGCAUCUCCAUUCGUGCUCAUGACAAGAGGAUAGCUUGUGAGGAGGAGUUCUCCGACUCCGAGGACGAAGGUGAAGGAGGCCGCCGAAACACAACCAACUUCAAGAAGGCCAAGCGAGCUAAGACUGAGGGAGACAAAGAGGCUGAAGAAAAGGAGAAGAAAGGUGAGGAGGAAACAAAAGAAGUGAAAGAAGAAGAGAAGGCCCCAGAGGAGGAGAAAAUGGACACAUCAAAGCCAAAAGAGGAGUCGAAGACACCUUAAGGUCGUCCGCACCUAAAGAUGUCAAUGCUGGGCAGAAACGAUCGUAAAGCAAGAUUGUCUUUUAUUUUGGGGAUGGGAGGGUAUUGCUUCUAUGGUAUAGGAUAUGGAAUGGGACAGUAAACAUUUUUUCCUAGGACACUGUUCCAAUAUUACUGUUUAUGAACUGAAGUCAGAAUACAUGUUUUGAGUAUUGUUUUUGUAAACUUUUCUUCCUCACCCAAAUUUUUUAUGCUCCAGUAUUUGCAUUUCUUAUGUCAGGCAACUGUUAAAACUGCUUAGCACAUGCAUGAUUUUAUAUCUGAUGGAUUUAAUUUAUUUAAAUCAGAUCCUUUUGGUUUACCCCUUUUUUGUUUUGUUUUUUUAUAUUUCUUUUUCUUUCAGUCCUACUGUCCUGUGCCUCUGAGAGUAAGCUUCAUGCAUGUUUGUAUAAUAGAUACUUUUCUAUAAUA